GUGAAUCUGUGGGAAAUAGAAAAACGGUCCGUAGAAUGACAUAGAAGAGGGUGAGGUGGGGUAGAUCGAGACACUGGGACUAACGGAGGAUUCGCCACCAAUUUGGAUUCAUCCAGGUGCAUAAGGACGUAAUCUUGGGACCGCAAAGAGCACCGGAGAAAAUGCUUAUUAAAGAAUUUCGAGUGAUCCUACCGAUUUCUGUGGAGGAGUAUCAGGUAGGGCAGCUGUACUCAGUAGCAGAGGCCAGUAAAAAUGAGACGGGUGGAGGAGAAGGGGUGGAGGUUUUAAAAAACGAACCCUAUGAGAAGGAUGGAGAGAAGGGACAGUACACACACAAAAUCUACCACCUGCAAAGUAAAGUUCCCUCGUUUGUGCGAAUGCUUGCACCAUCAUCAGCACUGAAUAUUCACGAGAAAGCUUGGAAUGCUUAUCCAUACUGCCGCACAGUAAUCACAAAUGAAUAUAUGAAAGAGAACUUCCUCAUCAAGAUUGAGACGUGGCACAAGCCUGACAUAGGACAGCAGGAUAAUGUUCAUGGUUUAGAUCCAGACACCUGGAAAAAGGUGGAUGUGAUGUAUAUAGACAUUGCAGACCGAAGUCAGGUGGAGCCAAAAGACUAUAAACCAGAAGAAGACCCCACUAAGUUUAAGUCUGUAAAGACUGGGAGAGGGCCGCUCGGUCCUGAUUGGAAGAAAGAACUACCUAAAAAGAGAGACUGCCCACACAUGUGUGCCUACAAACUGGUUACUGUCAAGUUUAAGUGGUGGGGCCUACAAAACAAAGUGGAGAACUUCAUUCAGAAGCAAGAGAAGCGUUUGUUCACUAAUUUCCACCGGCAGCUGUUUUGCUGGAUUGAUAAAUGGAUCGAGUUGAACAUGGACGACAUCCGCAGAAUGGAGGAAGAGACCAGGAAGGAACUGGAUGAGAUGAGAGUGAAAGAUCCAGUGAAAGGCAUGGUGGCUCUUGAAGACUGAAGCUGCUGUGUGUUCCUCGAUGCUGCCAUUCAUAAUGAUCAGACCUGAACUACUGGAGACCAACAGCAUCACGUCCCUCAGUCAAAGCAAAACAACAUGUCUUUUUAAUCAUAAUCAACAUCCAUUAUCCAGCCAUAUGCGUGGCCCAUCCAUCCUGAGCAUCCUUCGUAUCCUCUCAGUCUGACAAUGGAGCUCAUUGACAAAUAAAAUUAUUAUUCAGAAGUUAUGCCCACUUUAUGAAGUCUACAUACACCAAUACAGGGAUGAUCGGCCGUUGCGACUUAACAGGUCAUUAUGAUGUCAGUUUAUUAUCUUCAAUUCUGACUCUCAACAGAGUUGUGUUUUGAGAUGAGUUCUAUGUAAAGCAAAUGCUAUUGUGUGUGUGUGUGUGUAUAUAUAUAAAUAUACAUACACAUAUUAUUCAGAAUGUCUAUUGGCAGUUGAGAGCUUGUGACAAGUGUCUGUUUUUCAGUGUCUGUUUUGCAGACCAAGCCGUUUCUUCAUAUGUGUUUUAUCUUAAUCCUUUAGUGAUUUGUUUUGUUGGUGUAUGGUUGAUUUUAUCCACAUAUAUCUUUUUAACCUAUUUACCCAAGUUUACCCCUUUUCUGUAAGUGUGUCUAUUAAUUUUUAUAGUAUAGUACUGUACAAUCACAUAUCUUCAUCCUGACUCCCGAAUUACUGGAUGUAUUGUGGGUGUUAUACUGACUAGCUGCUUGGUCACGUUAAAUCAAUUUAAAGGUGCACUCAGUAAUUUGUUUUAAUUGGACAUAUUGGACUUACACUGAACCCCAGUGGUGUGGAUACAGCAUCUUUCAAACACAACCGUUUUCAGUUCCAGAUGCCAUUGUAGAAAUGUACUAUUUUGAGUCGGCCAUUAUUUAUUUAAUACGUGAGUUAAAGUGUCUAAUAACAGGGUGAUUACUGAGAUCAAGCAAGUAGUGUUCGGCUGGUCAUGUUAUCCAA